AAACUCAGAUGGGAGAGUAGAACAUGAUGGAAUAACGGAAAAUCAAGGACCUAAUGGGAAAAAAAGGUGUUUCCCUUUAAAUGAGCAUCAGCAUGAGGGUGAAGGAAGGGGGCGUGGCCUUCUAGCCACAGUUGGAUGGUAACGGAUCUCAGCAUGAACCAUUAUAAUAAGGGUUGCUAUGGAAACAAAGUUUGUAACUCGCUCUGCUUGGCGGGGGACGUCCCUCUGCAGACAUCGGUGGUCCAGAGUUUCUUUCUUCCCACAGGCGUGUUUAUUCCAUGUGUGGGAGGACUGGGUGGGCCUGGAGCAGCUGGAGGACUACCUGAGCUUCCUGGAAUACCUGCUGUGGGUCUUCACGCCUCUGGCCGUGGUUUUCCUGCUUCCCUUCCUGAUCGUCAUCCUGCUCUACCUUUCCAUCCUCUUCCUGCACGUCUACAAGAGGAAGAAUCAGCUGAAGGAGGCCUACAGCAACAACCUGUGGGAUGGAGCCAGGAAAACCCUCGCCACCCUGUGGGAUGGACACGGGGCCAUAUGGCACGGUUAUGAGAUCCAUGGAAUGGAGAAGAUCCCCAACAAAGGAGCCGCUCUGAUCGUGUAUUACCACGGAGCCAUUCCCAUCGACUACUACUACUUCCUGGCCAACGUCAUCCUACAGAAAGGACGCACCUGCCAUUCUGUAGCCGACCACUUCCUCUUCAAGAUACCAGGUUUCAAGUUGCUUUUGGAGGUUUUCUCAGUGAUCCACGGUCCUCAGGAAGAGUGCGUCCGCGCCCUGAGGAACGGCCACCUGCUGGGCAUUUCUCCCGGAGGGGUGCGAGAGGCUCUGUUUAGCGACGAGACCUAUCCCCUGAUCUGGGGCAAACGGAACGGCUUCGCCCAGGUAGCCAUCGACUCUAAAGUGCCAAUAAUCCCAAUGUUCACCCAGAAUCUGCGGGAGGGCUUCAGGUCUCUGGGGACACUCAGGCUGUUCCGCUGGCUGUACGAAAGGUUUCGUCUGCCUGCGGCUCCAGUUUAUGGUGGAUUUCCAGUGAAGUUCAGAACCUUCCUCGGUGAUCCCAUCCCAUACGACCCAAACGUCGGUGCUGCUGAGCUAGCACAGAGAGUGCAGCAGGCAGUCCAGUCUCUGAUAGACGAGCACCAGCAGAUCCCCGGGAGCAUCUGGAGGGCCUUGAUGGAGAGAUUCCACACUAAACCCAAAGAGCAGCAGCAUCAGGACUAAAGAUGGCAGAAGCUGCUUGGAGCGUCAGAAACCAGCGGUGGCCUUACCUCAGACGUGUGAAGCACCUUGCACGCUGUCCUGUUGGGGCUCUAUCGGUCAUUUGUUGAUUCCUUUGAUUAAAUCUAAAAGAUGAAGUUAUCAGUAUAAUUUAAUGUGUAAAUAAGUCUUUGAAAUGUAUUUAUGAACAGUACAUGCAUGAGCCAGAAACAUGAGGACACCUUCCUGUGGUGGAGCCAUCCUCUGCUGCUCUGAUCGGACUGUAGAUCCACUCUGACUCUCGGUGCAGGAAAACUUUAUUGCUAUUUUUACUGAAGGUCUGGAGCAUAAAGAAGCAAGUUUAGAUGAAGGUACCAUAAACUGAUGUUUGUCGUGUUCCAGCUCACUGAACUAACCGUCUGUGGCGUCAUUGCUGCUCCUGCAGCCAUUCUUCUCAUCACUGAGCGUUUAUAAAAAUACCGGCACAGGAUCUGCUUUUCUGUUUUCCUCCUUGCUCUGAUGCACAAACCUAAUUUAUUCCUUUAGCUGCUGUCUUAUUAUAAAUUAUAUUAUGUGGUUCAAAGUGCUGUCGGAAACCAAACUACACACAUUCCUUUGAAAACUGCCUUUGAAUAUUGUAAACUGCUGUUUUCAUAUUCUGUUAUAAACCUUUUUUUUGUUUCGUUUUUUACCCAUUGGGGGUUUAAGGGAAGAUUAAAAAAUGUAAAUGACACUUAGAAAUCUUGAGACAUAUUUAUAUAUUUCACAAAUAAAUGUAGAAAUGACAAACAAACGAUGCUGUCCCAGAGGUGAUUGAUUGGUGGAACCACCAACCUUUGAAGAACAGGCUAAUCCCAGUUUAACCAUUUCCACCCUGAUACAUGCCG